AAUCAUACCUUCUUCAUUCCUUCUCUUUCUCUCUCUUCUUUCUCUCUCUAACAUUCCAAGGCAAAAAAAACAAGGGGAGUUAAAAAAAAAGCUGUUUUUGUUCCCCUUACUUAAGGAAGCUAAGCAACAGUUACAAAAAAAAAAAUAGUACACAAGAGAAAAAAAAUAUGGAUCAUGAAGAAGGUAAAAGAAUGAUAAUGAAGGGUAUAUGGCCAAUAUGGGUAAAUGUAGUUAUACUUGUAGCAAUAACAGUUGCAGCAAAGUUAGUAGUUCAACUAUGGUGGAGACCAAGAAAAGUUACAAAACAUUUUUCAGAGCAAGGAAUUAAAGGUCCUCCUUAUAAUUUCUUCAUUGGAAAUAUGAAAGAAUUGGUAGAAUUGAUGCUUAAGGCUUCUUCUCAACCUAUGACUUUUUCACAUAAUAUACUUCCUAGAGUUCUUCCUUUCUACCAUCAUUGGAAGAAAAUUUAUGGUGCAACUUACCUAAUAUGGUUUGGACAAACUCCAAGGCUAACCAUAGCAGAUCCAGGUCAAAUAAGAGAGAUUUUCUCCACGAAAUCAGAAUUUUAUGAAAAAUAUGAAUCUCACCCACUUGUAAAAAAGCUUGAAGGUAAUGGUCUUAUAUCCCUCAAAGGAGAUAUUUGGUCUCAUCGUAGAAAGACCAUUACACCCAUCUUCCACCUCGAAAAUCUCAAAUUGAUGAUACCUAUAAUGGGAAAGAGUGUGGCCCAUAUGUUGGACAAGUGGUCCUUGAUGUGUAAGUCAGGGAAAGUUGAACUAGAAGUCUCAGAAUGGUUUCAAAAUUUGACAGAAGAGGUUAUUACAAGGACUAUUUUUGGGGGUAGUUAUGAUGAUGGCAAGAAAAUUUACCAAUUACAAGCUAAACAAAUUGUGUUUGCGGCCGAGUCCUUUCAAAAGGUGUUCAUCCCUGGAUACAGAUUCCUGCCAACGAAGAGGAACAGGACGACGUGGAAGUUAGACAGGGAGAUCGAGGCGUCAUUAAUGAAGCUGAUUAGUCAGAGAAAAAAGAGUCUUCUCGAAAAUCGAGAACGAGGAUUAUUGGAGGAGGUGGAGGAAGAAGAAGGAGAAGAAUGUUAUAGAGAUUUAUUGGAGGUUUUAAUAGAAGCAAGUAUAAACACAAAAAAAGAUAGUAGGAAAAUGAAGAUAAGUGAGUAUGAUAUAGUAGAAGAGUGUAAGAGCUUCUUUUUUGCUGGGAAACAUACAACUUCAAACUUGUUAAUAUGGACAAGUAUUCUCUUAGCAAUGCACCCUCAAUGGCAGCAAUUGGCACGUGAGGAAGUUAUGAGGGUGUGUGGAGCACGUGAUAUUCCAACCAAAGAUGAUGUUUCAAAUCUAAAGACGUUAACAAUGAUCAUAUAUGAAGUCCUAAGACUCUACCCACCAGUGGUAGCAACAAUCCGACGGGCUAAAAAGGAAGUAGACCUUGGAGGCCUAAACAUAAGAGAAGGAACCGAGCUCCUUGUCCCAAUCUUAGCCGUCCAUCAUGAUCCCACAAUAUGGGGCCCCGACGCCUCGGAGUUCAACCCAACCCGUUUCGCUCAAGGCGUGUCUCGGGCUGCUAAACACCCGACCGCUUACAUGCCAUUCGGGCUCGGGGGCCGCCAAUGUAUUGGACAAAACCUAGCAUUGUUGCAAGCCAAGUUAGCAAUAGCCAUGAUCUUGCAAAAGUUUACCUUUGAGCUAUCCCCCAAUUACAAGCAUGCACCCACUGUUUUAAUGCUCCUUUAUCCUCAAUUCGGAGCCCCGGUCAUAUUUCGGAGCUUGUAAGACCCAAGAUCCGACCCUAACGUACGUAUUUUUGAGUCCUACGUAUAAAAUCCCCACAUUACAUCAAACUUACAAAAACAUCUUGGCUCCACUUUCUUUGAUUUUUUUUCCCUACCCUCUUGUGAUUGUUUUGAUGAUUUGCUAACCCUUUUGUUACACUAAACCGUAUGUGAAAAAUCUAACAGUAGAACUUUUUUUUCAUUAACAUUUUGUGUCACUCAUUGUAAUUAAGUAUAUAUAUGUAUACAUUUGCUCCUGACUGACACAUUGUAAUAUAUGAUAAUUGUUGGAAAA